UUUUUCUUUGACUGCGGAUCGUCCUUUAUAAGAUGGCUUUUAUUAGAAUUUUAACUCUAGCAUCGUUAGCAAUGUAUGCUGCUUAUGCUAUUCCAGUUAAAAAUCCAGAAAAUGGAGAUUUUACACCAUACCAAAAAAUAUCAACAGCCAAAUCGUUCAAAACGCCAACGACAACAGAGAAAAUAACUGCGGAAAGUGAUAUUCUUAAAACUAUAGCUCAUCCUGCCAUAGAGUCACCAACAAACCCACAGAUAACAACCAUGACAGAACCAACCGCAGAAUCAACCAAAAUGCCAACGAUAACGGAGGGAAUAAGUACGGAAAGCGAUACUCCCGCAACAAAGUCACCGACAGAACUAGAGACAACACAACCAACCACAACAACGCCAACGACAACGGAGGGAAUAAGUACGGAAAGCGAUACUCCUACAACAAAGUCACCGACAGAACCAGAGACAACACCACCAACCACGACACCGCCAACGACAACGGAGGGAAUAAGUACGGAAAGCGAUACUCCUACAACAAAGUCACCAACAAAACCAGAGACAACACCACCAACCACGAUAGCGCCAACGACAACGGAGGGAAUAAGUACGGAAAGCGAUACUCCUACAACAAAGUCACCGACAGAACCAGAGACAACACCACCAACCACGAUAGCACCAACGACAACGGAGGGAAUAAGUACGGAAAGCGAUACUCCUACAACAAAGUCACCGACAGAACCAGAGACAACACCACCAACCACGAUAGCACCAACGACAACGGAGGGAAUAAGUACGGAAAGCGAUACUCCUACAACAAAGUCACCGACAGAACCAGAGACAACACCACCAACCACGAUAGCACCAACGACAACGGAGGGAAUAAGUACGGAAAGCGAUACUCCUACAACAAAGUCACCGACAGAACCAGAGACAACACCACCAACCACGAUAGCACCAACGACAACGGAGGGAAUAAGUACGGAAAGCGAUACUCCUACAACAAAGUCACCGACAGAACCAGAGACAACACCACCAACCACGAUAGCACCAACGACAACGGAGGGAAUAAGUACGGAAAGCGAUACUCCUACAACAAAGUCACCGACAGAACCAGAGACAACACCACCAACCACGAUAGCACCAACGACAACGGAGGGAAUAAGUACGGAAAGCGAUACUCCUACAACAAAGUCACCGACAGAACCAGAGACAACACCACCAACCACGAUAGCACCAACGACAACGGAGGGAAUAAGUACGGAAAGCGAUACUCCUACAACAAAGUCACCGACAGAACCAGAGACAACACCACCAACCACGAUAGCACCAACGACAACGGAGGGAAUAAGUACGGAAAGCGAUACUCCUACAACAAAGUCACCGACAGAACCAGAGACAACACCACCAACCACGAUAGCACCAACGACAACGGAGGGAAUAAGUACGGAAAGCGAUACUCCUACAACAAAGUCACCGACAGAACCAGAGACAACACCACCAACCACGAUAGCACCAACGACAACGGAGGGAAUAAGUACGGAAAGCGAUACUCCUACAACAAAGUCACCGACAGAACCAGAGACAACACCACCAACCACGAUAGCACCAACGACAACGGAGGGAAUAAGUACGGAAAGCGAUACUCCUACAACAAAGUCACCGACAGAACCAGAGACAACACCACCAACCACGNUUGUAAUGUGCUGGAAGACAAUAUUGAUGAUAUUUCUCAUAGUUUUUUCAGUGACUACUAUAACACUUGCAGAUACUGUUUUGAAAAAUCCUCAGAUAGAAUCACUAAAAAAAGAUGAAAUCAAAUUAGAGAAAAAUAAUGUUGGUAGUGAACAUCAAGAGAGUCCCCUAGUCAAUACAGGUGGAAAAAAUCUAUCAGAAACUGAUACAUCGAGCACAUCAGCUACAGAACCACCAACGACUCAAUCCUUAUCUUCAACAAUAGGAUCAUCGGAAUCUUCUACAACCAUUACAAGUACAACACUUAUACAAUCAAGCACAAUAACAACAGCUACUGGGAAACCAACCCCUGUAACGGCAUCAAUGUCCAUAUGGGUGAUACUUUUAAUAGUAGUAAUGUCAGUUGCUGCAGGAUAUUUCAUUUUCAUUUUAAUCAAACGAUUUAUCGAAUUAAAAAAUUCAGGAAUUGGCUUCAGAAAUUUUAGAUAUGAACACUGGCCUAAGGCUCCUAAAACUGCUACAAAUUGCAACAAAACUGGUUCAAAUCAGCAAACAGAAAUCAAAUUAGAGAAAAAUAAUGUUGGUAGUGAACAUCAAGAGAGUCCCCUAGUCAAUACAGGUGGAAAAAAUCUAUCAGAAACUGAUACAUCGAGCACAUCAGCUACAGAACCACCAACGACUCAAUCCUUAUCUUCAACAAUAGGAUCAUCGGAAUCUUCUACAACCAUUACAAGUACAACACUUAUACAAUCAAGCACAAUAACAACAGCUACUGGGAAACCAACCCCUGUAACGGCAUCAAUGUCCAUAUGGGUGAUACUUUUAAUAGUAGUAAUGUCAGUUGCUGCAGGAUAUUUCAUUUUCAUUUUAAUCAAACGAUUUAUCGAAUUAAAAAAUUCAGGAAUUGGCUUCAGAAAUUUUAGAUAGUAAACUUAUCAAGAAAUAAAAAUAUGCAAAGUAAUAAACGUGUAAAUUUUUUAUAAAAAUUAAAAAUUUUUCUACAAUAUGCACUGUAAAUUACAACAAAUACUACAAAUAAAUAAAGGAUUCUAAAUUUC